CAACACACGCUUUGCAGAGGGUACUGCAGUGAGGUAACAUUAAGAGUGCGAGAGAGGAUGCAAGACUGGCAGGGCAAGUGAAUGUUCACACAGUGAACUGAUGAAUGACGUAGACAGUGAACGAAAGAAAGGUGUGGCCUUGUUAAAGAGAGAUCCAAGAGAGAUCGAGAGACCCAGCAGCCCUGUUCCAUUCAGUGAUCCCUUAUUGGUGUGCUAGUUUAAAAGGAGCUGGCAUAUUUUUUCUGGCUUAGUAGUGCUCAAAUAGCCUCUCUGCUCAGACGUACAUAUGUGAAAUGCAGCAUUACUGGAUAUCAGCAUGUGGGAUGUUACUUUGAGAACAGCUGGUUGAUGUCUGAUUAAACUGCACUUGGGUUCCACAUCAUCUUCGUCAUUGUUUUCAUCCAUUCCUGUCUUCAGCCUGCCAGAACGUUAACUGCAAUGAACUGCAGGUUCCUGGCUGAAAGUGUGUGGGAGGUCUUUGAUAGAGUGUUAGGAUGGCCGCUGAAGCUUCUACCCUUCCCAGUCCCGUGGUGCGUCAAAUCGACAAACAGUUCCUGAUUUGCAGCAUCUGUCUGGAUCGUUACAACAAUCCCAAGGUUCUCCCUUGCCUCCACACCUUUUGUGAAAGGUGUCUGCAGAACUACAUCCCCGCCCACAGUCUAACGCUAUCUUGCCCUGUGUGCCGUCGGACCUCCAUUCUGCCAGAGAAGGGUGUGGCGGCACUUCAGAGCAACUUCUUCAUCACCAACCUGAUGGAGGUGCUAAAGAAAAGCCCAGACACUAACCUCGGUGAGGACUGCACAGACACCAUCAACGGAGUGGCCACUGGACAACCACUGUCCUGUCCCAAUCAUGGAGGCAACGUCAUGGAGUUCUACUGUCCGCCGUGUGAGACAGCCAUGUGUGAGGAGUGCACCAGCGGCGAACACGCAGAGCACGCCACUGUCCCGCUCAAGGAUGUUCUAGAACAACACAAAGCCUCGCUGCGGGAACAGCUAGACGCCGUCAAAAACAGAUUGCCAGAAAUUGAUUCAGCGCUGCAGGUUUUGUCUGGGAUUCUGCAGCAGCUGACCAAUCAGAAGAGUUCGAUUGAAAAAGCCAUUCAUGCUACUUUUGAGGAACUUCAGAAGACCCUCAAUGUACGCAAGAGUGUUCUGCUGAUGGAGCUGGAAGUCAACUAUGGACUCAAACAGAAGGUAUUGCAGGUGCAGUUGGAGUCAUUGCUGCAGGGACAGGAGGGCAUACGCAACAGCUGCAGUUUUACUGACCAGGCUCUUAGUCAUGGCUCUGAAGCUGAGGUCCUUUUGGUCAAGAAGCAGAUGAGCGAGCGUCUUGAUGAGCUAGCCAAUCAGGAGCUCCCACUGCGGCCAGAGGAGAACAACCAGCUGGACUUCUUGGUGGAGACUGAGGGUCUUCGCAAAUCCAUCCACAAUCUAGGUGCUAUAAUAACCACCAAUGCUGUUGCUGCAGAAACUGUUGCCACUGGUGAAGGCCUGAGGCACUGCAUCGUCGGGCAGCCUACCUCUGUGACCAUAACAACAAAAGACAAAAACGGUGGACUGUGUCGGACAGGAAACGCUCUGCUCACAUCGGAGCUUUCUGCCACUGAUGGCACCACAGUAGGGGAAGGUGAAGUCACUGAUAAUAAAAAUGGCACUUAUGAGUUUGUGUACACAGUACCAUGUGAGGGCCGCUUCACGCUUUCACUGAAGCUCUACGAUCAGCACAUUAGAGGCAGCCCAUUCAGCAUACGUGCCAACAAACCAACAGACAUCUCUCUGACCGCAGAUGGAAGCAAGAAACCUCUAAAGUCUCCAGGAAGCAUCCAUGUGAAACAGCGCGCCAUCAAGCGGCCUGCCAGCAUGUACAGCACGGGCAAACGGAAAGAAAACCCAAUUGAAGAUGACCUCAUGUUUCGAAUUGGAACAAAAGGUCGAAAUAAGGGUGAGUUCACCAAUCUGCAGGGAGUGGCUGCUUCACCUGUUGGCAAAGUCCUAAUAGCAGAUAGUAACAAUCAGUGUGUCCAGAUAUUUUCAAAUGAUGGACAAUUUAAGAGUCGCUUUGGAGUGAGAGGCAGAUCACCAGGGCAACUUCAACGGCCAACUGGCGUUGCUGUGCACCCCAAUGGUGACAUAAUCAUUGCUGACUAUGAUAACAAAUGGAUCAGCAUUUUCUCCAGUGAUGGCAAGUUUAAGACUAAAAUUGGAUCAGGGAAGAUAAUGGGUCCUAAAGGUGUAUCAGUUGACAGAAACGGACACAUCAUUGUGGUUGAUAAUAAAGCUUGCUGCGUCCUCAUUUUCCAGCCAAAUGGAAAACUUGUCACCAAAUUUGGCAGCCGAGGAAACGGUGACAAGCAAUUUGCAGGUCCCCACUUUGCAGCAGUGAAUCAAAAUAAUGAAAUCAUUGUGACAGAUUUCCAUAAUCAUUCUGUGAAGGUGUUCAGUCCAGAGGGGGAGUUCAUACUGAAGUUUGGGUCGAACGGCGAAGGAAAUGGGCAGUUCAAUGCGCCCACAGGUGUGGCAGUGGACGUCAAUGGCAAUAUCAUAGUGGCUGACUGGGGCAACAGCCGUAUACAGGUGUUUGACAGCAGUGGAUCCUUCCUGUCCUACAUCAACACAUCCGCAGACCCUCUGUAUGGCCCGCAAGGACUGGCUCUCACCUCCGAUGGCCAUGUUGUGGUGGCAGACUCUGGGAACCAUUGUUUUAAAGUGUACCGUUAUUUGCAAUAGCACUUUCAUCUCUACAAAUGUAUAAUUGCACUUCUUUCUUAAAGCUGCCACCCUUGUGUCAAAUGGGACCCUCAAACUGCAUUGUAGUCGUGUUGUUGUGGCCUCAUUCAUGAUACCCUCGCCAUGGAGAAAGGAACAGACUGAAGAAAAAGAAAAGAAACGUACGUUUGCAAACCUAGACAUUUCAAUGCUCAUUGGCUUUAUUGUGAAAACACUGGUGGACAAAAAUGGUUAUAUAUUAAACCAUAUUAAGUUGUUAUUUCACCACUCAGCUGAUUAAAAAAGGGACUCUUUGGCAUGAAGGUGUUGGCAUGUACUGUAUAUGAAUGUAAGAAUGUAAGUUAUGCAAAUGCAAAUUACUAUUGAGUUUUACUGUACUGACAUGUUGACUAAAAAGACCAAAAACAGACAUAAAAAAAAAAGAAAAAUAAGAUUCACAAUGUUGGGCAGAGUGUCAGCUAUAUUUGGCCAGAGCUAUGUUCAAAAGAGAUGUCAGGUAUAUACGCCUUUAUUGCAAAAAAAAAAAAAAAAAAGGUGUCAUGUUUACAGAAAAAACAAAAACAAAAAAGCCACAAUAAAUGUGCUUCUCCAUUCAUGACUGUGAUGCACACAACUGUGUAAAGUUACAUAUCAUACAUAUAUGUUUCUGUAAACACUUUAAAGCAUAUGCAAUAAGAAACAAAGCACUUGAUGUGUUGUAAGAUUUGUGAACGAAAAGGCUUUUUUGUGACUUGUUGAAUAACACUGCACUGUUGUAUUGUUUUUUUUUUAAAUGCAAGUUUAUUUAUAGAAGAUAAAAUGUAUUUCAAAAAGACUAAUUGCUGUAACUAUAAAAGUUUGCUUGUAUUAUUCAAAGAAGUGGCUGUCAUAAACAAUUUAACAAGUUAAAUUCACCAGAUUAUGCAACACACAGGUCAUGUCUUAUGCAAUGGGGCACUUUGUGACACACAAGCUACCAAUGAAAAUGAAUGACAAAUGAUUUCACAAGACAAACUUACCUGAUGUAUAGUACUGUUAUUAAAUGGUUCCUGAUUACAUCUGAUCAGAACACGUGCAUUAAUUAUUGAUCAUGUGUUUGAAAAUGGUUGUUUUGUGUUGCUGACAAAUUAUAUGAUCUUAUAAUAACAAAGUUUUAAAAAACUGGAAAAAGUAUCUGUACUUUGAUCAUUACAUUUUCUUUUUUUUAAGUGUAAUUUUUCAAAAUGCAGAAAGUAUGCUAAAUCAUCCAUGUUUUAUGUGUCUGUUCUCAUGUACAGUCUAUAAACUUUUGGCAUGUACAGGGAAUUUCCAGCUAGGACUGCUUGUUUGUGCAAAAUACAAAAUUGACAAUUACACACAUUGUAUUCCAAAAUGUAUGUCUCUCCAGUAUACCUACAAAGCUGCUUUUGUAGCAAUAAAGCAAGAGUUUUACUUCUCUGUUAUAAUAAAUCAAUGAUGCUUUCACUUGCCUGUCACACAACUGUACAAAUGAAUCCCAAAAUGCUAGUGUUACAUUGUGUUUUACUCUAUACAGAACAUGAACAAACAUUAAAUUAUUUAGGAAGAUAUUCUGGAAAGUCUUUUAUAGUGGAGAUAAAAGCUGGACUUGACCUACAGAUGAAGUUUAUGUAUAUUUAAUAUUAAUAAUGCAAAUAAAAAAGGUGAUGCCA